AUGAGCAGUGUGCAAGAACUGCGGUACGAAGGCCAGACCGUUGUUGUCACCGGCGCUGGUGGUGGUCUGGGUCGCGAGUAUGCGAUCUUCUUCGCUAGCCGCGGCGCAAAUGUCGUUGUCAACGACCUCGGUGCAAGCUUCAAGGGCGAGGGCGGCAACUCAUCGGCCGCCGACAAAGUCGUCGAAGAGAUCAAGUCCGCAGGCGGUAACGCGGUCGCCAACUACGACUCAGUCGAGAACGGUGACAGGAUCAUUCAAACGGCAAUCGAUGCCUUUGGACGCAUCGAUGUCCUGGUCAACAAUGCCGGUAUCCUGCGCGAUAUUAGCUUCAAGAACAUGAAGCAGGCUGACUGGGACCUCAUCUACAAGGUCCACGUCUUCGGUGCAUACAAGUGCGCAAGAGCCGCGUGGCCGCACUUCAGGAAGCAGAAGUAUGGCAGGCUCAUCAGCACUGCUUCGGCGGCUGGUCUGUUCGGCUCUUUCGGCCAGACGAACUACUCUGCUGCCAAGCUCGCCCUUGUGGGAUUCACUGAGACUCUUGCGAAGGAGGGUCUGAAGUACAACAUCCUCUGCAACGUCAUCGCCCCGGUCGCUGCCAGCCGAAUGACCGAGACCGUCAUGCCUCCCGAUGUCCUUGCCAAGUUGAAGCCUGAAUGGGUCGUCCCUCUCGUCGCCGUCCUUAGCCACAAGUCGAACACCAAGACCGGUGCCAUCUUCGAAGCCGGUGCAGGUCACAUUGCUGAGUUGCGCUGGGAGCGAGCGAACGGUGUUCACCUGAAGGCCGACGAGACUCUUACACCUGGUGCUGUUAUUGCUAAGUGGAAGGAUGUCGUUGAUUUCUCGAAGGCUGAGCACCCACAGGGUCCUCUCAAUGGCCUUGAGCUGCUUGAGGAGGCUUAUAAACUUCCUGCCAACCCCAAGGGUGAGGAGCUCGACUUCUCAGGCAAGGUUGCAAUUGUUACCGGUGGAGGUGCUGGUCUGGGUCGCAUCUACGCGCUCCAGCUGGCCAAGCGUGGCGCAAAGGUUGUUAUCAACGACCUCGUCAACCCUGACGAUGUUGUUCAGGAGAUCCAGAAGCUUGGCGGCCAGGCCGUUGGCAACAAGGCCGACGUUCAGAACGGCGAGGCCGUCGUCAAGACGGCCAUUGACACCUGGGGUCGCGUCGACAUCGUCAUCAACAACGCCGGUAUUCUUCGCGACAAGGCUUUCGCCAACAUGACUGACGACCAGUGGGACAUAAUCCACAAGGUCCACCUAUUCGGUACCUACUCAGUCACCAAAGCUGCGUGGCCAUAUAUGCUCAAACAGAAGUACGGCCGCAUCGUCAACACCACUUCCACUAGCGGUAUCUACGGAAACUUUGGCCAGGCCAACUACGCCUCGGCCAAGAGCGGUAUCCUCGGUUUCUCCAAGGCUCUUGCUCUUGAGGGCAAGAAGUACAACAUCUUCGUCAACACCGUUGCUCCCAACGCCGGCACACAAAUGACUCGCUCUAUUUUGCCUGAGGAGGCUGUUCAGGCUCUCAAGCCCGACUACAACGCCCCUCUCGUCAUCUUGCUUGUCUCUGACAAGGCUCCUGUGCCCACUGGCGGUCUCUACGAGAUGGGCUCUGGCUGGUUUGCCGCUACUAGGUGGCAGCGAUCCGGAGGUCACAAUUUCCCCAUUGAUGUCAAGCUCACCCCCGAGGCAGUCGUCCAGAAGUGGGAGCGCAUCACAAACUUCGACGAUGGCCGUGCUGAUCACCCCCAUGACUCCGCUGACGGUCUCAAGCCGACCAUGGCCAACAUGGACAACACCAGCAAGAAGAGCGAGAAGGAGAAGAAGCCUUCCAAGAGCAACGAGGAGAUCCUCAAGGCUCAGCAGACAGCUCUUGCUACCAAGUCGGAGGGCACUCCUUUCGAGUACACAGAGAGGGAUGUCAUCCUCUACAACCUGGGUAUCGGCGCCAAGCGUACUGACCUCCCCUUCGUCUACGAGGGCGACGAGAACUUCCAGGUCAUUCCCACAUUCGGAGUGAUCCCUCCCUUCAACGCCGAAGCCCCUUUCUCCUUCGACGAGAUCGUCCCCAACUUCGACCCGCGCAUGCUCCUGCACGGCGAGCAGUUCCUCGAGAUCCGAAAAUUCCCCAUCCCCACCGAAGCCAAGCUCAUUGCGGUCCCCAAACUCGUCGAAGUCGUCGACAAGGGCGCUGCAGGACUUGUCGUUUACGGCUCCGUGACAAAGGACGCCAAAACAGGCGAGGAGAUCUUCUACAACGAGUCCACAGUUUUCAUUAGGGGUAGUGGAAACUUCGGCGGCCAGAAGAAGGGCGGCGACCGCGGCGCUGCGACCAAGGCGCACGCGCCGCCGCAGCGCGCGCCCGAUGUUGUGGUUGAGGAGAAGACUACUGAAGAACAGGCAGCUAUCUACCGUCUCUCGGGCGACCUCAACCCGCUGCACAUUGACCCGCAGUUCAGCAAGGUUGGCGGCUUCGACACACCGAUUCUGCACGGCUUGUGCUCAUUUGGUAUCUCGGGCAAGCACGUGCUGCAGACGUUUGGGCCGUUCAAGAACAUCAAGGUCCGCUUUGCGGGUGUUGUUCUCCCCGGUCAGACACUGAUUACCGAGAUGUGGAAGACAGGGAAUACGGUUGCGUUCCAGACCAAGGUCAAGGAGACUGGCAAGCUUGCCAUCUCGGGCGCUGGUGCGGAGCUGCUCGGUGGUGGAAGCAAGUUGUAG